AGGGAUGUGUCUUUCGAGGCUCUGCUGUGUCUGGGGUGACCAGUUGUCCCAUUUUGCCCAGGAUUAAGGGGUUCCUGGCACGUGGGACUUUAUCACAGAAACCAGAACAAUCCUGGAGAAACUGGGAGAGUUGGUCACCAGAGCCAUAUUUCCCAGCCCACUCUAGAGCCUUCUGUGUCUCCCUAGGCACAAGGUCCCCAUCUUUCUGCAACCAUCAGGCUUGCUCGUCCAUCUCCCAGAAGCCAGCCCGAGACCUCCUCUAUGCCCUAGGGCUCAUCAAAGGAGACGCUGCUGGAGAAAGUUGAGACAGCGGCGGGACUCCCACACCUCUGGACGCUGAUGACAGGCUCCUUUGAAGAACAGAUGAAGACUUGGUCCUCCGGGGGACAUGGGGAGCUGGAGAUGAGUCUUGACGUAGCCCCUGGUCCAACGGGGCUCUUUUUCUUUUAUGAGGCCGGGAAAUGUUCAUGGGAAGCUAAACAUGAGGUUAAUGAGGGGUUCUGAUGGAAAGUGGUAUUAACUUUAACAAGGAGAAAACACUUUGUAAAGAACAACGCCCACUGGGGUGGAGAUAUAAACCCGGGCAUAAGGAGCUGUUUCUCUGUUUCAGGGGGUUUCCGGGCUCGAAGCUCCAUCACGUGUGCUGUCCAAGUCAUGGCUUCCAAAUGCCUCAAGGCCAGCUUCUCAUCGGGGUCUCUCAAGGUCCCAGGAGGGGCUGGUGGGGGCUCAGCUCGCGUGUCCACAAUGUUCUCCAGCAGCUCUUGCAAGCUCCCCGGCUUGUCCCGGGGGCCCCGGAGUUUCUCUGCCUGUUCAGUCGGGCUGGGCAAGAGCAGCUGCAGGGCCGCCAGCUGCCUCCCUGCUCUCUGCCUCCCCUCUGGAGGCUUUGCUACCAGCUACGGCAUGGCCGGGGGCUGGUUCGGCGAGGGCAUCCUUACAGGCAAUGAGAAGGAGACCAUGCAGUUCCUGAACGACCGGCUGGCCAGCUACCUGGAGAAGGUGCGGCAGCUGGAGCGGGAGAACGCGGAGCUGGAGAGCCGCAUCCGCGACUGGUGUGAGCAACAGGUGCCCUACCUGUGCCCCGACUACCAGUCUUACUUCCAGACCAUCGAGGAGCUCCAGAAGAAGAUUCUGUGCACCAAGUCUGAGAACGCCAGGCUGGUGGUACAGAUUGACAACGCCAAGCUGGCUGCAGACGACUUCAGGACCAAGUACGAGACUGAGGUAACUAUGAGGCAGCUGGUGGAGUCAGACAUGAAUGGCCUACGUAGGAUCCUGGAUGAUCUGACCCUGUGCAAGGCCGACCUGGAGGCCCAGGUGGAGUCCCUGAAGGAGGAGCUGCUCUGCCUCAAGAAGAAUCAUGAGGAGGAAGUGAACUCACUGCGCUGCCAGCUCGGUGAUCGACUCAACGUCGAGGUGGACGCUGCCCCGCCCGUUGACCUGAACCGUGUUCUGAAUGAGAUGAGGUGCCAGUAUGAGACCCUGGUGGAAAAUAACCGCCGGGAGGCUGAGGACUGGUUCAACACCCAGACAGAGGAACUGAACCAGCAGGUGGUGUCCAGCUCGGAGCAGCUGCAGUCCUACCAGGCAGAGAUCAUUGAGCUGAGACGUACGGUCAAUGCCCUGGAGAUUGAGCUGCAGGCCCAGCACAGCAUGAGAGAUGCUUUGGAAUCCACCCUGGCGGAGACGGAGGCCCGCUACAGCUCCCAGCUGGCCCAGAUGCAAGGCCUGAUCGGCAACGUGGAGUCGCAGCUGGCAGAGAUCCGCUGUGACCUGGAGCGGCAGAACCAGGAGUACCAGGUGCUGCUGGACGUGCGGGCCCGGCUGGAGUGUGAGAUCAGCACGUACCGGGGGCUGCUGGACAGCGAGGACUGCAAGCUCCCUUGUAACCCGUGUGCCCCGGACCACUCGCCCUCUAAGUCUUGCCUCCCCUGUCUUCCUGCGGCCUCCUGUGGGCCUGGCACAGCCCACACCACCAGUAGCCCCCGCCCCAUCUGUGUGUCCUGCCCGGGAAGCCGGUUCUGAGAGUGACUAGUCCAGAAAGCCAAGGCCAUUGUAUCCAGGGCUUGGACUUGGCCUCAAUUCAACUGUAAAAGCCCAAUCCCCUGUAACUUUGUGCCUAGCCCAGGCCCAGACAAUUACACACUUUAUCUUUCUCAAAGCCUGCCACUAGGGUCGGAGGCCUUAGUGGCAAUAAGACCUCGAAGGCCUUAGCUCCUUAUCAUUUUGAUGGGGGCCAGAGCCUCUGUUCUCAGGCUGCCUCCUGGGUCAGGUUUUCCUACUGGGUGCUGUUUCAGUGGUGUCUGAAAUGCAGCAAAGGGCUUCUAUUGUAAAAACAAUAAAGCACAUUUGCUCUGGUUCUCUAAGCCUAACCA